AUGAAGGAAGCUCUCUCGACUUUUACCACUUCUCUCUUCAAUGCAACCAUCUUAUUCAACUCAACUCACGCGGUGUUCAAUGUCAGAUUCGCGUUUCCACCUAAUGAGGUGGGAUGGUUUUCAAUCGGUCAUGGGACGACGAUGAGUAAUUCAAAGAUGAUGAUCAUGUGGCCACUUCAUCAGAACCAGCGGAACACCCAAUGGAUGAAAGCGUAUUGUCAAGCCUCUGGACACGCCCUGCCAACCCCUAUACUCAGUUCACAAAUGGAUUUAGUCCGAGUUGAAGGCUCGGAAGCUAAUCAACUCAAUCACACUUUUCCGAGUAUGACAUACACCAGGCCUUUGGUACUCUCAGACGUGGACACCUUCGAAAGAGCCGCGGAUCAAAAAAUAGUUUGGGCGAUGUCUUCAGUCGCCCCAAACAUAGAUGACGGAAAUUUGGCCUUGGGAUUUCAUGAUAGAGGCUAUGGAACUGCCGUCCUAAAUUUUUCUGCUCCACAAAUCGUCGAUGGACUAAUUAGGAGUAGUGCAAGCGGGUUGAAGGAGCUCAAACAUUCAAAGAGACAUGACACCUUGAUCACUCUUCACGCAACCUUCCUCUCCAUCUCCUGGGGAAUGAUCGCCCCAUUGGCAAUAGUCUUGGCACGUUUCUUGCGCCAGAAAGGAUCUGCAAAAUGGAUCAAAGUUCACUGGAUCCUCCAACUGAUUAACGUAGUCUCCACCAUCAUCGGCACUAUUUGCGCUGUCUUCGCAGUUGGCUCCGGUUCGCAUCGGGACACGUUCCAAAAACGCUUGGGAUUCUUCGUGGUGUUUUGUAUGCUAGCCCAAGCUUCCGGAGGCUACUUCAUCCAUCGGUUAGCUAACAAACCUCGUCCCGAUGAAGACGAGCGGCAACCAAGAAAAUGUGAGUAG